GGCCAUCAAAGACGUGAUCGACGUGGACUCCGAGGGGGAAGAGUUGGCGUGCGUUGAUGAUGCGGACAAUUCGAUCGUGGAGGAGGGGAGCAAGGGGAGUAAGGGAAGCAAGGGGAGUGAGGACGAGAAGGUGCCAGGGUGGGCUGUCUCCCAGGGCCGGGUGCUUAACCAGCUCGUCGGUUUGGUGAAAGGCCUGCAGACGAACCUCAAGGAAAUGAAGGCAGAGCUUCAUGAGGUCAGGGACGAGCUCGCACAAGUAAGGACGCAGGCAGGACUGGCGCGUGCGGGGGCGGAGGAAGCGAUGGAGAAAGUGACCAUGGUGGAGGAUCAGAUGAACGAGAUGAGCGGAAAGCUGCUAACCCGGAUUGAUGUUGAGACGAUCGUCGCAGACACAAGGAAGGGGAUCCCAGGCAAGCAAUCGAACGUGGACUCGGCCAACGUGGAGGAUACGGACAAGUUCACACGCACCGCUGUCAUUGGAGGUUUUCUUCAGGAUUCCGAAAAGUCCCUGGUGACUGACUUCAUCAAAGACUCGAUGCUGACCAACGUGGAGGGCGUCGAGGAGAUCUACGCCUACAGCUUCGGCAGCGUCGGUUUCAUAAGGUUCCAGGCGCCGAAAUUAUCAUACGAUUUUGUUCGCAAAUUCAAGAGCAAACCCAAGCCAGAGUUUGAGGGGGAGGCUUUGUGGGCAUCUUCUUCAAAGAGCCGCGAAGAGCGGAUCCGCGGAAAGACACUCGGGAAGCACAAGAGAAUGAUGAUUGAGGUAGGCAGCGUGGCUCCUGAGAAAGUCCGGGUCGACUACCAGCGAGGGGCACUUCUCGCAGGUCACAUUCGAGUCGGCGAAUGGAAGGGGGAGGGGGGCGACGGCGAUGUAGAGCUGCACGAAGGGAAGUUUGCCGAAGCUGGCAUAUGGACGGACGCGAAGACGCUCGCGGAUGCCGUCGCGGAGGCGCGGGCCUUCCGGAACGCAGAUCGCCGGUCUCAACUCGAUUACAUACUAGUUGACAUCAGCUUGAAAAAGCACAUUCGGCAGCGCAUUGUGGACGGAAGCGUCGACGUUGGCACUGAUCAUAGACCAGCACGCCUUGAUCUGGGCAUCGUCGUGGAUAGGCGGCCCAAGCAGAAGAGACGGAGGCGCGACAAGUGGGUGCCUGGACAAUCGCACACCCAAGAGCUCGACUCUAUGCUCCGGGAGGCUCGGUGGGACGCGCUCUCAGCAGCAGAGAAGAUGGACGGGAUUAACCGGUGCAUGAAAGAAGCGGCGGGCCGAGACAAGACAAGGUCGCGUUCGAAUACGAAAGACCCGGAGACGCUUGCAUCGACCUUGGAUGUCAAAAUCCGCACGCCCAUUCAGCUGCGGAGGCAGCUCCCUGCAUCAGACCGGACACCACAGGAGAAGAAACGAUUGCGCGUGGAGUGGGGGAAAGCCAUCCAGAAGUUCAUUCGCCACAGGCUCAGCCAACAGCGCGCUGACGACAUCGCAGAAAUCCUUUGUGAAUUCCGUGGUCUACAACGCCUGGCCGCCAUCACGGGGAAGAGCAAAAAGACGCACAUCACGGAGGUAAGAAACAAGAGCGGGGAUCUGGAGCACGACAUAGCAUCUAUAGCGGAAGUCUUCGCGCAGUUCUACGAGGAUUUUCCAUUCUAUUUCAAGACAAGGCAAUAG